GUGCAAGAUCAUGCGCAAGGAGAAGCUGAAGGCAGCCAACUGUGAUCUGCAGAUCAGCAAUGCCCAGACCAAAGAAGAAUACACAGAAGAUGCCCUGAUUCCUAAAAACUCAUUGGUAAUCGUUAAAAGAAUCCCUGCUGGAGGAGUUAAAGCUACCAGCAAAACGGAUGUUACGGCUCCUCAGUCACACAAAAUCCCAGGAGCAGCUUCUUUCAGAAGUCGAACUGAGCCAGUGAGCAGAACAUCGGAAGCAAACUUGGAUAUGCGUUUAUUUUUUGCUGCACAAAAGAAUGGUGAGUCUUCUGCAUCUAAUUCUCUGGCCCAGCUUUCAAAGACUGCCAACCUGGCUGAAGCCAGUGCUUCUGAAGAAGAUAAAAUAAAAGCCAUGAUGAUACAGUCUUUCCGUGAAUAUGAUCCAGUCCAGUAAGUGUUGA